AAGUAUGACCUAAUACUAAUACUUGAUCAAAUUUCUAGAACAUGCUGAAAUUCUCAUCCGUCAAAUUUUCCGUAGAGAGGUCAUGUCGUUGAGCGUCCUAAAUCCUACAGUGAAGCAACUGGAAACGAGGAAAAAGGAGCUCCAGAAGUUAGAUGCAACCAAAUACAACAAUGACACUGGGGUGGAAGAACUCUGGGCGGAGAAAGCGUUCAGACACGCCCAAGUCUACUAUAAGCUAAUCUGUAGUAUAAACUGCACCAAGUUAAAACUCUCUAAAUUUGACGAAGAAUUGUAUCAGAAUUACAUGGUUACUUUCCCCCGUGUGAAGAUAGAUGUGAUAGACGUGGACAAACUGAAGAGUGAAGCUGCUAAGAGACGGUGGAGGAGUUUCUGCCGGAUGUUUGAGUACCACGUGGAGGAUUAUAACUUUGGUACAUUGCUCAGGUUGGACUGUAAGGAUGGGUAUUCUGAGGCUAACACCACUCUUGUGCCUAGAGUGCAGUUUCUAGCGAUAGAGGUAGCGAGAAACAGGCAGGGUCUCAACAUGUGCCAUCUUGGUAAGGAUCCUAACUCCAAGAAGGAAGCAGGGCAAGAGGAAGCUGUGAGUGGGGCAACUGAGGAUAAUAACCAGGAAAACUGUGCAGCUGAGAACGGAAAAGUCGAGGAAUCUGGGGCCAAGGAUAGUGAACCUCCAGCAUCAUGACUAGAACUUUUUCUCCUCUGGCUUCUCUCACAUUUUCUUCCUUUAAUUCUUUUAUAUGCUUUUAGAACAACAGAUAAACUAAAAAAUAUCCGAUAUCAAACUGAUACUCUUUUUAAAAUUUUAAUGUCUUUUUCAAUAAUUCAGGGUGACCACAACUUUUACUUGAUAGGCUGAUUUAAAGUGCUUGUUAAUUUAAUUUAAUUUAUUAGUCUGUUGUCCUUCAAUUAGCAGUUGACUUGUGUACCGGGAAGUUUUUAAUUGUCAGUCUUGUGUUGAAGGAUCGUUUAAUUUAUUC